AUGAGCUCAGCAUCGUAUCACGAGAAGUGCAAAGAAGUAACUGAAGUAGCAAAUUCUGAGGAAAAUGAACAGGAAGCAGCCAAUGUACCAGCACAAACGAUCAAUCAUGACUCGAGGGUGAAUCAACAUAGUAUAGAAUCACAACCACCACCAACCUCAGUGGAGCAAAUGGAUCGAGUUCAAAUACAGGAAAUGCAGAAAUUGGCAAGUCAACCGGUAGGAGGGAGUAUAGUAAAUGGAAAGGCGGGAGGAGCAGGAGGCACAGGAGGAGCUAGCGCAAACGCAAGCUUAUCACAUUUACAUAACGAUGACAGGACUCCCGAUGUAGGUAACGCCAUAAGGUACGUUACCAGUGAUGAUACUGACAAGAACAAUCAAAACCUACGGAAAUGA